CCUAGGUCUUUAAUGAGGUGCCUAGAAAGAGGGUUUAAGACAAUUGAAUUUUUUUUUAAAGAAGAUUUCUUGGUUAGAUAAGAAAAUUUCAGAAACUCCCUCCCUGUGUACCUGUGGGCGACCCCACCCCCACACACGAACAAGACAAGGUUAGACAGACCUUCUGAGGCAGCUUCUAAGGCCCUUUCAGCAUGUCAAAAUGCAUCUUUGGUGUUAUCGCUUUUUGAGUACCAACAAGGAAAUGGGAUGGGUUAAGAUUUCAUUCUCCCAGUAGAGGAAAAUCUAGGGAUUUAGUCCACAUUUGGAGCGAAAAACAGUUAUCUGACUCUUUCCAGAGCUUUGAAAUGUUAAUUCCUUCCCCUCUUCUCCCAUCGAACAUACAAUUGGAAAUUUAAGAAGGAAGAAUGGAGGGAUCUCAAGAUGUAAAGCUUUCUUUACGUGACCAUGGCAGAGUCAGAUGGCCAGUGCUGGUCCUCGGAUGUCAACUGCCAACCAGGGUAUGUCAAGGUCACAGCCUCCCGUACAGUUCUCACUUAUCCAGAACUCCUGAGGUCCCAAGCUCUGUACCCAACUCUUCACUUGCACUAUGCCCUCUAUGAUGUCACUGUCAUCGUCAUCAUUUUACAACAUUGAGACUCCACGUGGUCGUUACUAGUUCACAGUUAAGAAGCUCUUGUUCAUCUUCAACUCUGAUUAACUGCAAAAUGUUCUGCUCAUUUUGACUAGAAUCUUGAAAGAUCUGCAAACUAAACAGCAGGACUGAUGCUCAGUUUUGACCAUAGGAUAUCCAGUCUCUUAAGUGGGGAAACUCACGCCCACAUCUAACUUAACACUUUUAAAACAGAUGAGAAGGGAGGGGGAAAUGCUGCUACACUAGGAGGCAUGAAUUACAAAGAGAGGAAGUCACUGGCUGUUAGUUUCAUGGAGUCAGGAUUAAACACCAUGUCUGUCCUGGCCUAUGCUCAGGGUUGGAGGGUAACGUCUGGGUCAUUCAGGCUAAGUAAAUGGGAGGCCCAAGCCGAGUUAGUUCGGCUCUUGGUUUGACUCCCUAUUCCCUCCAGUUCCAAGCGAUCGCGUGAAACAGGGUGCCAGGAGGACUAUCAGCGUCUGCGCAAGGCCGACGGUGGCAGCACGGCGUUAGGAAUCAGGUCCCCUAUCCCUGAGCCCAACAGCCGACCGCCACAGCACCCCACCAAAACGGGAACAGCAUGUCGAGACGCUGCAGCAACGGCAGCCGCUCACCACCAGCUCCAGUCGGGAGAUUUGGAGAGCUUGUGUCUGCUGCUCAAUCCCGUGAGGUGCGGCGCGGCUCGGCGGUGCACUCUUUGGUGCCAAGGCCACCACCGUACUUCCCAUUGCUUACUUCCGUUGAACCGCGGGCGCUGCCAUUGCAAGCCGGAAAUAGGGAUAAAGCACUUUAGCCAGAAGAGGGAGGAAGUGGUUACUCAGAGCGCCGCCAAGACGAGCCGGAGCCGGAAAAACGGGUAGGGCGCCGCCAUGACAGAUUAAGCCUAAAGGGAACAGGCUGCCAGUCCAAUCGGCUACCGGAAAAAAAAACCAGGCUGGGCCGGGCGCCGCCAUGGCAACCGAUACCGGAAAAGGCGGGUCGUUCCUUCCGGACUGACCCACACCGGCAAAGGUCUCGAGAUGCAGGCAGCCCUGGAGAUCUCUGCUCGCUACUGCGGCCGGGAGCUGGAGCACUAUAGCCAGUGUGUGGCCGCCAAGCCUGAAUCCUGGCAGCGGGACUGUCACUACCUUAAGAUGAGCAUUGCCCAAUGCACGUCCGCCCAGCACAGCCACUUCCUGCCUCCUGAGGACUCCUUUGCCUGCAUGCCUGCAGGAAAACUGGACAUGAAUGGCUGCCCCCUGUACCCCUCCCCUGUAGGGUGGCCAGAUGGGGUCCUGAGCCCUGGCUGUGUGCCUGGCUUUCCUGGAUAUCAGGACUUCCAAUAAAUAAAGACUGUGUAUACUGGG